CACCGGAAGUUGUUAAGUUUGUUCACGUUAGCUUUAUAGACAACUGGAAAGCGACCAGAUGGAAUUCAGCUCUGCCUUCUUAACGUAUUCCACACAUUUUAAAUUGUAUCGCACACAUUUUUAGCUGACUUUCCUGCUAACGACCAGCCCUGGCUUGACCACAGAGGGCUACCUGGGAGGUUCGGCUGCGCUGUGAACCGGGACUGAAAGCGGUCAAGACAUUUGAAGAUAACCUAUUACACAUCUUCUUACUGAAGGCCCCAAGGCGAGUGUGUGUCCAUCAUGCCGCUGUUUGGUAAAUCCCACAAGAGUCCAGCGGACAUCGUCAGAACCUUGAAGGAAAACCUGGCUAUCCUGGUCAAACAGGAUAAGAAGACAGACAAGGCGUCUGAGGAGGUGUCGAAGUGUUUGGUGUCCAUGAAGGAGAUUCUGUACGGGAGCAACGACAAGGAGCCUCACACCGAGACUGUGGCCCAGCUGGCCCAGGAGCUGUACAACAGUGGCCUGCUGAUUGCACUGGUAGAAAACCUGCAGGUCAUAGACUUCGAGGGGAAGAAGGACGUGUGUCAGAUCUUUAACAACAUCCUGAGGAGGCAGAUUGGGACGAGGAGCCCCACUGUCGAAUAUUUCUGUUCCCACCAAGAGGUCCUCUUUAUAUUGCUGAAAGGGUACGAGACGCCCCAGGUAGCGUUGAACUGCGGGAUCAUGCUGAGGGAGUGUAUCCGCCACGAGCCGCUCGCCAAGAUAGUCCUUCAUUCGGACCAUUUCCACAGCUUCUUCAACUACGUGGAGAUGUCCACCUUCGACAUCGCCUCCGACGCCUUCGCCACCUUCAAGGAUCUCCUGACAAGACAUAAAGUGCUUGUGGCUGAAUACCUCGAACAGAACUACGAUGCCGUGUUUGCAGACUACGAGAAGUUGCUGCAUUCAGAGAACUACGUCACCAAGAGGCAGUCUCUAAAGCUUCUGGGCGAGCUGUUACUGGACAGACAUAACUUCACAGUGAUGACGCGCUACAUCAGCAAGCCGGAGAACCUCAAACUGAUGAUGAAUCUGCUAAGAGACAAGAGUCCCAACAUCCAGUUUGAGGCCUUCCAUGUCUUUAAGGUUUUUGUAGCGAACCCCAACAAGACGCAGCCCAUCAUCGACAUCCUGCUCAAGAACCAGACCAAACUGAUUGACUUCUUGAGCAACUUCCAGAAGGAUCGCACAGACGACGAGCAGUUCAACGACGAGAAGACCUACCUAAUCAAACAGAUCAGGGAUCUGAAGAAGCCAGCCUCCUAGAGAAGCAUCUGUCCCUGCCCUAGACCCCAACUUUUUAUCAAUAGGAAGACAUACAGUAGAAAAAAAACACAUUAACAAUAAUGGUUAUUCUAUUUAAAAAAAACAAACAAAAACAAAACAAGAAUCUUCAAGACAUUAUUUGUCUUUUUUUUCUUUGUUGGUUCAUUCAACUUGUGCAAGAGUAGUUCUUGAUCACUGAUCUUUCUUUUGUAAAAUUUUCUCAUGAUUUUUUUUUUGUUGUUGUUGUUGUGUUUUUUUGUGCCACAGUUUAUGGUGUUGCAGGCAGCUGAUUUGCUCUGUUGGGAGAACCAGCGGUUAAAAAGCUUCGGCCUAAAUGGAUCAGUGGCUCAAAGCAGGCGUGAUCCAUUCAGUUAAUUUCUGAGCUAAAGUUUCUGCAAAUCAAAAAAAUAAUGAAGACUUUUUUUUUUUUCUAAGCUGAGUCAACACCUCUACUGUAGUCAGGAUCAUAAAUACACUUUAGUGUGCAACACAUUGCUAAAGGCUUUGUUAGCCUCCUGCUAGCCAAACGUCUCCUUCUUAUUGCACAGCCAAAGCUAAUGAUUGCUCAAGUUUUUUUCUUUUCAAAACUGAAAAGAUCUGAUUUGUGUUCAAUCCCAAAAUGCUAACGCAGCAUCGGGGAUUUUACACCCAAAUAGAACAAGUCUUGUCUUCUGCAAAAGCUAAUGUUUUAGCUAAUCGCUGGUGCAAAAAACUCAAACGUCUAACUAGCUUAGCUUAGCUUUCCAAGAUCAAAAAUUCGGCACUUGUUUGGUGUGUUGCCGCAGAUGUUAUGUUGUUGUGUGUUGGAGUUUUAAAUUUUAAAUUGACUCCGACUGGUCGCGAUUUUGAUUUUUCUCAAAGUGAUCCCACAACAGUUCCAAAUCUUCCGACCUGUUCACGGGUUUCGGAGCAUCCACCCGCACCAUUCUAGUUAAAUGAAUAAGAUGACAGGAAGGGGUGUUCCAGAGAAUUGGUUGUGGGGGGGUCUCUGUUAACCAAGAAUUGCCAACAAAAAAGUAGCUUCUGUAGGAAUAUUUUAAGACUUUGAAAUGAAGGGCCUUUUUAAUAGUAUUGUGACGUUGGGGCUGCUAUCGGAACAGGAAGCUUCAAUCACUUUGAUCACUGGUUCUCUUUGCUGGUGGCUGAUUGCACUUUCUGUAUGAUUUAAAGAAAUGAUAAUAAUAUGAUUCACGUUCAUUCAUGUUUGUUUUGUUAAUCUUAAGCUGAUCUCUGUUAUCACAAUGCUUAAUGUUUUUCAUUACUUGUCAUGUACAGUUUCUGGUUUGCACACGUGAAGUGAGUGCCAUUGCGAGUGAGAGCAUCGAGCGUUGACGGGAGGCACUUUGCUGUGUUGAGAGAGAGAGAGAGAAGGGAGAGCAGCUUUAAAGAUGGCUGUCUGUGUCGUUUUGUUUCACUCCUUUUCUUUCUGUACCGCAACGAACGUUUCGCUCCCAUUUGGAUCGGAUGUCGGUAUUAGAACGGAAAGGCGAGAAGAUUCAGAGGUGCCUUUUUUAGUUCGGUGUGUUUUCCCCCUUUUAAUCUUUUUUUUUUUUUUUUUAAUAAUAUUUUCCAUAUCUUUCUAAGGGGAGCUUAAUUAUUAUGUUAAUGAAAAUAUGCUCUGGAUAGAACAUGUUUGUUGUGAUUAAGCAGUGAACCUCUUAACUCACUAUAUUUGAGUUACGCUGUUAAAGAAACAUAGUAAACCUUUUUUUUUUUUUUUUUUUUUUUUUGCAGCUGCCAUUGUGUACAGAUCAGGGUCACAGUUUCUAUUUUGAGUUUGUCACCAAAGUAGUGCUGAUUUGAUAUGUGAAUUACAAACCGUGCUGGCUAUAAACUUAUCCGGAAACCUGUUGGCCAAAGUUGAUGGUGAAAUCUUAACUGUGAAAAAUCAACCUGUAGAUGAGAGAGAAAAUGUGCAAAAA